GUGGAUACUUGCGACGUACUCUGUUCGCGGACACGCGCACGACGAUCGCGAACUGCUGCAACGAGGGCCUCGGGACUGCAUGGCAGCUCAUCCACGCUUGGCUUCCACUUCUGCGCCGCGAACAGGCUGACCAGCGCGAACCGCAUGUGCGACUCCCGGCUCUGCGCACAUGGCCCCCCGACUUCGAGAUCCCAUUGUGAUAUAAGGAGUGGUUGUAAUGGAACACCAGGACCCGCCGAACAAGACACAUCCAGGAAAGGGGUCCACUACAUCCAAGGGUGGGGAUCAGGACACGAAAAAAUCAAAACAGGGCCCGAGAAUCAGGGUCUCGCAGGCCUGCGAUCGAUGUCGCAGUCGCAAAGAUAAAUGCGACGGCAAGAAGCCGGCCUGCUCGACAUGUACCACACACGGCCGUACGUGCUCGUAUGACACCAAUGUCAAGAAGCGCGGGCUGCCCGAAGGCUAUGUUCGCGGCCUGGAGAAGCUAUGGGGGUUGGCCAUACGCGAAGUGCGAGGAGUUGAGGACAGCAUCUUGUUCGUCAUAGCAGGCGAAGAUGGGAACGAUAAUGAAAGCUUCCUCAAUGCCUGGAGUGACGAAAGCAACUCGGAAAACUUGGUGGAGGCGUGGCGAAAAUCUCAAAUCUCAAGGGAGCUGGAAAGACUGCUCUCCAAUCCCGGGCCAACCGCAGAGGGGGGAAAGAGGCGGCGGACGUAUUCUGAUCCUCGUGCUGGAAAGAGGCCUAGAUUUCCCUCUACACAUGCAGAUGGCACAGACAAUGGAGCGGAGCUUUCAGGUGGUAUGUGGCUGGACAGAAAGCCAGAUGUUCGGCCGCAAGAGGACUCCCCGGCUUCCCCCAAUCCAUCAGGAAUCUACGAUAACAAUAACCACUUUCUGGGUAGAGAUGACUCUAUUCUGAGCCCCAACUACCAACAUCCCUCAUUGAACAAACUCCCAACCCCAACAAUCGAUAUUCCGGACCUUCCUUCUGAGGCUUGGCAUCUUCUCGACGUCUACUUCUCAUAUACGCACUCUUGGUUUCCAAUUAUCGAGAAACAUGAUCUUUUACGAACAUCUUAUCAGUACGCGCAGAAUCGCAACGCUAUUUCAUUAUCUGGUGCUGGAUCAGGUAACCAUGCAGCACUAUGGGCUGCAAUCGCAUAUGCAAAGUAUCAGCAUAGAGCCAUCAACAAUAUCCCCCGUGCUCAAGGCCCAGUGGCCGAAAUGGUAUGGACAGCAGAGAGGAUGUAUUCCCACGCAAGAAACCUCAUUCCUGAUGAGGAAGGAUUCUUUGAGCUUGGCCAUGUUCAAGCCCUCCUGAUCUUGACUCUUGCAAAUAUGGGCGCCGGCCAUCUCCGCCGCGCAUGGUUAUUAGUCGGGCAAGCCGUUCGAGUUGCUAUCGACCUCGGGCUUGAUCGUCCUUCAGAUGAUAUUUUAGUGGCAUUAAGACCAACGUCCAGGGCAAAACAUGUCUUUUUGGGCUGUUUCGUCCUAGAUACAAUCAUUGCUUCUCGUCUAGGACAUCGGCCCCAUCUUCUAAGUGAGGAUAUUGAGCGUGUUGGAUUGGUCGAAGAAGAUGGCUUAGAACAGUGGGACCCAUGGACGGACUGUCUCGGAGUACGUCGGGGGAGCUCAGCCUCUCGGGGUCCUGCGUCAAUUCUGAGCACCUUUAAUCGAUUUGUCGAAGUCAUGCAAAUCCUGAAUGAUGUUGCAUGUAUAUCUGACUGCCCUAGGAGGGCACAAUCCAGCACAGGACUGCUAACAAAGCUCCUCACUUGGGGGCAAUCCCAUUCAUCAUCACUGCACCUCGGUUCAGCUUCACUGAAGAGCGAGAAGGCUAUGUCAUUACUUCCUCACGACUACAACUUGCAUAUUGCAUACUUCAAUACUUUGGCGACACUGCAAUUGCUCUCCCAUGGCCAAGGAAGAGGCAAUGCGAACCUGGAACCAAGUACUGAAUCGGCCCGCCAGAUCGUGGAACUCCUGGUGCAACAUUCGAUUUAUUUUGGCCUUCUUAUCGUACCACCCACCUUUGAAACCUUUAUCAAGACAGCGUACGACGUUGUCCGCGAAGUUCACAGCAGUAUUGAAAACACUCAUAUCACACUCAACGACUGGAAGCGAAAUCUCGAUAGCUGCCUCGAUACGAUACAGCCGGCCUGGCCAAUCUUCGAGGCAUUCAAAAACUCAGCAUCAUAUCAAGCCCCAUCAGGUGGCCGACGUGAGAGUCAGGUAGCCUUUGAACUUAUAAGUGGCAUGAAUCACUCAGCAGAGACGCCUGUUACAGCCCCUACCCCUAAUAGCCUGGGGACCAGUCCAAGUCCACGGGUAUUCAGACCCCAGCCAGGAGCACCAAUGAAUAUUGCACCACAACAACCAAGGGUAAUAGCAUCACCAGCUGCGCGACGAGCUCAGUCUUUUGGACAAUCAUCCGCACCUCCUUUUACAAUGAAAAAACACCCAAGCCCCCGGUCACCCUUCAAUACCGGCAACCCCAUGGCCGCGGAGACACGGCCUAUAGACACUCAAGCGUCAAGGAUCAAAAAUUCAACAAACCUAGCCCAAACGCAGCCAGCCAACGCUCGGCACCCAGUAUCUAUGACUUCAGAAAUGGAAGUCGAUCCCAUGUUCCAAGAGUUCGCCACGCUUGAUGCCAUGGAAUGGUCCGGUAAUUGGGACCAAAGUCUCGUAAAUCUGGGCUUCACGGAUCAGAGCAACAUGAACAAAGAUUUCUACACUAUGAGCCGAGAACCCGACCCUCUCUUCCCGAAUAAUAUCUUCCAGCAGCUCGUGGCGAACUCUAAUACCGAGACCACGAACCCCCUAGACGGGUCUGUGUCUGGUAGGAUGAGAAUGGGUGGAUUCGGCGGGAUGGGGUUCGUUCAUGAGAAUGAAGGGAUCGCAGCUGGUCAGAUUCUACAGGCGCUGAGUGAGGCGGAGACGUCGAGGAGUUCCGGGGGUGGCAAUGGUUAGAAAAAAGACUGGUGAUGGUGGAGGAGACGUUUUAAAAUCUUUGUAUCUCGUAUCUUAUUUAUUAUUGCCCAUAUCGUCAUUAUCUACAAACCAAGCAACGAAAACGAAU